AUGACAGAAAGAAACGACAGAAGAAAUUUAAUUGGGUCUUUGCACUCGAGGCCCGGUACAGAAGUUUUAUGUUUUUCUAGUUUCAAGCUUCUUGUUUUUUUCGUGGUUUCUCUCUGCAGUGAACGCCCGUUUAUGCUAGCUCAAACGGCCCACCCUUUUGCAAGUAUUUGGAUUAUCAUUUGUGAGUAUGCGAACGGGAAAUAGGUCGUUGCCUGUGUAUUCCAUCUAUGUAGAGAUGGCGGCCGUUCUUGUGCAAAGAAUUCGUUAUUGAAUUCCUCGCCCCUCGAGCUUUCAAUCAAUAUCUACAUCAUAUUAGGUCUAGUAACGGUGUUGAUGCCAUAAUCAUAUCAAUAUCAGAAUACUCAGUUGAGCAGAUUUUCUCAAACUUUUUAGGGUGAGUUGUAGCUUUUUUCCUUCGAU